AUGAGCUUUACAGCUUCCAGUAAUGAACAGAUGGCUGAUGCGCUUGGUGAUAUUUCUCAAUUACCAAAAACGAUGAAAAUGGCUGUGUCAAAAGAAAUUGAGGAGAGUUUUCAACCAGUACCUCGACCUAACGGCGGUGAUUGGUUAGCACAACAUAAUGAGAGAGGACAAACUAUGGAAUCAUUUCAAAAAACUUCAUCAAAGGCUAUUCCUCAUGGAACUCAUAAAACAAUCUAUAUUCAACCGAUCGGCAGUUUUAAUCAUCCAAGAGCUGCGCCGCUUGAUAUGAUUAUUAAAUUUGUUAGGAUAUUUUUUUCUGGAUGUGAAGUUGAAUUAUUACCAACUGUUGAUUUUACUAAAGAUAUGAGAAAACGAGAUUUAGGUGGACAACCUCAAUAUUUAACGGGGGAUUUUCAUAAUUAUCUUGUUCAAACACGUUCACAACGUGAUCCAAGACGUGAACUUUUAUGUGUUGCUGUAACUAUGGCUGAUAUUUAUCCUGGAGAAGGUUGGAAUUUUGUAUAUGGACAAGCUCGACCUAAUGAUGGUGUUGGUGUAUAUUCAUUUGCACGUCUUGAUCCAUUAUUUUAUCGAGCAAAUUUCGAAGAAAUUCUUCGAACUCCAUUAACUGAAGCACAUCGUAUUAUCAUGUUUCGACGUUGUGUAAAAGUUCUAUUACAUGAAAUUGGUCAUCUAUUUGGUUUAAAACAUUGUAUAUAUUAUGUUUGCUUAAUGAAUGGUGCCAAUAAUGAAAAGGAAAUGGAUCGACAACCUUUAUAUUUAUGUCCUGUAUGUUUGUGUAAACUUCAUUCAUCACUUCAAUUUGAUGUUCAACACUUAUAUGAAACGUUUGCAGAUCAAUGUAACAAAUACGGACUUGAACCGGAAUGUAGCUGGUAUCAAAAACGUCUAGAAUAUAUUCACUGA